GAACUCCAGUAGUCAUCAACACUCCUACAUGUGAGAACAUGACUUUAUAUCAGUAAGAACUUGAGGCUCUUUAAAUCAAAUUUUCUCUCAGAAAGACGACCCAGUGGCUGAAAAAUCGCAGCACAGUGGAACCUUUGUUUUCCUCCGGGAGAAAAGGGAUUGUUUUGAAACCAUGGCAAACAGAGGGACUUCCCUCCUCCACCCAGCUACAGCCGUACCCUGCCUUCUUCUCUUCAUGAAUACCAAAGAACCGGUUUGUCCUUUCUGAACAGACAUGCAAAAUGGACAGGCACAGACACACACACAAACACACAAACACACACACACACACACACACACACACACACACACACGCACACACACGCGCAAAUUGUCUGUGCCUCACUCAUGCACACACGUUAAAAUAACACCCCACCCCAGUGCGUUGUGCUGCCAGCUGUUUCUGGUUAGGCAGUUGGGCCUGCAGUGAAGAGGAGGAGCAGAGAGGCCGGCCGGAGUCAUGGAGCGGCAGCUGGAGCUCGCUGCCCUCGGUCUGGCCUUCGCAGGGUGGCUUUGUGCCAUUCUGACACGCUGUCUGGCCCUGUGGAAGGUGAGCGGCACCCUGGACAACACCACGGCCUCUCUGCCUGCCUACUGGGACGGGGUGUGGCUGGAAUGGGAUCACUGGGACUUGGCCCACGAUGGCAGCCUGCACUGCUCUUUCUACCAGUCUCUCAUGUCUCUUUCUGGAAGUUUUCGGACGUGGAGAGCCCUCAUCAUGGCCGCCAUUGGAGCUGGGGCUUUCGCUGCGGUGAUUGCUGCGGUGGGGGCAGUGUGGUUCCCUAAGCGUGGCCAGAUCAAAGUGUUUUCUGGUGCUCUUUUUGUUUUGUCUGGAAUCCUGCUGCUGGUUCCCACAGCAUGGACGUGCCAUCAUAGCAGUCAGCCACUGGAGGGUGCUGUGCUGCUGAGAAGAGACUGGGGACCUGCUCUCUACCUCGGCUGGAUCUCCUUUGCUUUGAUGCUGGUCGGAGGGGUGUUUCUCACCACCAGAUGCCCCACCAGUGAGAGGCAGGUACAGCAGCAUGAAGGGAGCAGGUGCACGAAUCUAGAGGAGGAGGCUAACCACCCACUGAACAGGAUCAACAGGACUACGUUCACACACAGCCAGUAUGAACGCAGAUCAGAGCCCAUCUGAGGGGGCUGUUUUGUAAUAUAGAACUGAGUGUGACUGAUUAGACUGGAAUAUCAUCAAUAUGUGAAAUGGCUGUGGAUGGAUUUAACAGCAGAGGAAAAAUAUUGAGUAAUGAUGCACUGCUUUAAUAAAGUGUGGAUUUAACAUUAGAGAGCACAGUAACGUGUUAUUUAACUAGUUGUAUUGAUAAAGGUGUGUGUAGGACUUUGAUUUGAAGUGUUUGUUUCAUUUCUGUUGAAGCUAACACACUAUUUAUGCUGCGUAGCAUUGCUUUGCAUUCAAUUCUCAUUUCCCAAUUCAAUACCACUGCAACAUGAAACUUCUGAGCUUGUUUGACUUGAUGCAAUAAUUGAUAUUGAACUGAUUCCCAUAUUACUGUCUACUGACACAUGACAUUACUGUUUGAGUGAGUUCAUACUGUUCCUAGAACUAAAUACUGUAAAUAUGUUACACUACAUUAUAGUAUAUUAUAUAUAUAUACAUAUAUAUAGUACAGCAGUUUCCUAUUUGUUUGGUUUGUUGAGCAGCAAAUGUGUUUACAACUGAGAUGAGACUGAUGAGUCUGUGGAAUAAAGCUUUGAAAUGAAUCAGG